GUCUUGUUUCAGUCAUCCUUACGCACGCGUAGACGCACCACAUCGCGGAGCAGACACCAUCGAUACGCGUUUGUUUACAUCCUUUUAGUGCAACUACCCCUCCGUCUCCUUCGUAACGCAUCGCAACGCUAACGAUCGCGCUCGUUAUCGGUGGUGUGAUAUACGCGUAUAUACGAUCGCAGGUGAAGCGAGAAAUCGAUUCGAUUCGGAGAAGCCGCGUGACCAGCAAAGCGGAAAUAAUGCGCGGAAGUCGUGGGACGAUUCUCGUUUUGUGCACAAUGAUGAAUUACUUGAGAUUGACCUUAUCUUCACCCAUUUCGACUAGCGUGAAACUAGGUGACGAGUGUAACCGAGACCAGGAAUGCGAAGUCGAUAUUACUAAUAGCCACUGCUACUUGGGUUAUUGUCGAUGUCAGCCCUUUUUCGCCGGUUACAAUGGAACUUAUUGUCUCGAAUCGACUCUGCUGGGCAAUGAUUGUCUUGUGAAGGAACAAUGCUCCUUGAAAGUAGCAAACAGUAGCUGCCUUGAGAACGUAUGCAGGUGCGAGGAGGGACAUUUGCAGUUUCGUAGGCAUACUUGUCUAGGACCGGCCAAACUCGGGGAAGUAUGUUACGAGCACGCCCACUGUCGUCUUUGGGACCCCGAGUCGCAUUGUGAUUUUCUCAUUCCGGAUUUAUUUGGUCGUUGUCAAUGUACCGCUCCGAUGCGCCGUGAGGGCAAUGUAUGUCGACCUGACAAUCUCGUAAGGCCUGCGCCACUUCCAGAACAUUUGUCUUCUACUCAGGAGCCGAUAAUAGAAGACGUCACUGAAAGGGAACGCGAUAAGGGAACUGUCGAAGAACAAAAGGGCGAAACCGAAGGAGAACAAGAUACAGGCGUUCAGAUAUCUUGGUUAAAGAACGCAACGAUGCUUCUAUCGACGGAACCUCCCAGUCAAUUGAUACCGGUGAAUCUGGUGACGAGACCGUCAUUGAACUUGCGACCUGGAUUCAAUAAUCGUCCCGGGCCAAACGAACUUCCUGACGAUGACGAUGCUGUCAUUAUCGAGGCGGAAGUUACCGAACUCGCUCAUGUUACAACGACCUCGACAACUACGACGCCAAUAAAGACAGACCGUCACGAGAGCACGAUAAUGACAGCUGUUAGCCUGGGGCUCCCGUGCGUCGCCGAUUUAGAGUGCCGUAUGGCCGAUCCGAUGUCGCGAUGCAUAGGCGGCGUGUGCGACUGUAGUUUUCCGACGAACGGCAGUUGCAAUGCGCGGCGGACCGGCUGCGCGCCGGGUACGUUCCAGUGCCGAUCGUCCGGAAGCUGCAUCAGUUGGUUCUUCGUCUGUGACGGCCGUGCCGAUUGCGCCGACGGCUCCGACGAAGAAUGCACCGGUUUUCGUUGUCCGGUGCAAGCAUUCAGAUGCUAUGAUAGUAACGUUUGCAUAUCAAGAUCCGGACUGUGUGAUGGCAACCGUGACUGUCCUCACGGCGAGGAUGAAAUCGGAUGCAACAAUCGACGAAAAUGUCCUGAGGGUGCAUUCAGAUGCAACAAUGGUCAGUGUCUGCCAGCGUAUGAAUUUUGCAACGCGGUGGUUUCCUGCAGGGAUGGCAGCGACGAACCCAGGGAAGCGUGCAGGACGCGCAAUCGCGGCCGAAUCACAGUCGCGAGACACUGUCCGUUCAGAUGCGGCAAUGGAAGGUGUCGUUCUGAUGCUAUAACUUGCAGUGGUCGGGAUGGAUGUGGUGAUGGUUCGGACGAAAAACACUGUAGCGUUUGCAGAUGCGCAAUGAUCUAAACACAACUAUCCAAUCUUCCGUCACAUUGUUCGACAAAAGAAAAAAGAGACGGAAAGAGAAAAAGAGAGAGGGAAAGAGAGGGAGAGAGAGAGAGAGAGAGAGAGAGAGAAAGAUAAGAAGAGGAGCAAACUACUAACCGGUUCGUCGAUGAUUUCGCGAAAUAAGUGCCCGAGAAUUGAGUUGAUGGACAUAAAAGUAAGUGUGACCAAAGAUCAUUAAACCGUAUCGCAAUGACUCCAGCUUUCAACGGUCUGCGAUUUCGAGACUGAAAGGACCGUUUUUACUCGAGCCAGGUACUCAGCUGUAGCAUCCAGAAUGAACACAGAUAAAGAAAAUUUGCCGUCGCGCCUCUUAUGUGAGAUCUCGCGUUAAGUCGAAUCGGGCCAGUGACCGCCAUCGUAGCGAGUCGCACUCUCUAUGAUUCUGCUCGUGUAAUAAUGGGACUUAAUAAUCGUAUAUAGUAAUAUCGAGUAUAGUAAAUAAUAUGACGAGUAUAGUUUGUAUCAAGGAAUAACUUAAUUGUCUCACGACCGAUAAAAGCGAAUACUCAAAACUUAUUUUUAAAAUAUUUGACGAUAGGCAAAGUAUUGUAUGUCUGAACUUCCUAUACUCUAACGUCUAACAAGUCUGACGGAUAAAAAAUUAAGAAAAUAUUCUCGCUUUUGAUACUAUAUAUAUUUUUUAUUAGUUUUAACUUUAAAAAA